AUGGCUGGGCAAAAUCACUUCGCAUCAGUAUCAGUACCAUCCGGAGUUGCGCUGAAUGAGGAAGAAUCUGCUCCAGACGCGACAACGCUGGGAGACGAAGUGACCGUGUCAUCACCGUCGGCGAGGCGACAGAGAGUCGCUCUCAACCCCAUGGAUAUAGGGAAAUUCGUGACAAGCAAUGGAAGUUGCGACCAUUCCCUGACAGACGAGGAGCGAUUUGAGGCUCUGACACACUGUUGGGAGCCGGACAAAGAGUAUGCUUUCCCUAAAACGAUAGAGUCGAAUCGCUCUCGAGCGCUCCAAUACCACUAUCUCAGUCUGUGGCCUUGGUUGGCAUACAAAUCUUCGAGCCACGGGGGUCUCAGAAAGCGAGGUGUACUCAUCACUCAGCCGCUGAACAGGUUCAAGAAAGCAGUCGACAUUCUCAAGAAUCACGCUCUCAAGCAUCUGAACAAUCUCAAACGAAACGCGACAUACAUGAGCAAUAAAUUCCAAAAUGAGCUCAUAGCGGCAAUAGGAAAGAUCAUCCGAAGAAAGAUAGUACGGGAGGUCAAUGAUUCUAAGUUCUACGCCGUGCUCGCGGAUGAGACAUCAGACGCCGGUAGGAUCGAUCAGUUGACGAUUUGCCUGCGUUACAUAUCGACCUCAGCCAGCAAGCCUGUCGUCAAGGAAGUUUUUCUGAAGUUCUGCGCCGUAGCUCAGAAAACCGGAGCCGCGCUAGCGCGUACCAUCUUGGAUGCUUUGGAAGAGGAAGGAGUCGACGUGAGAAAUAUCAGAGGUCAAGGAUAUGACGGUUGUGCUUCGAUGAAAGGAGCUGGAAAUGGUGUCCAAGCAGAAAUUAAGGCCGUGGUGCCUCAAGCCCUGUACUUUCACUGCGCCAGUCAUUGCCUCAGCCUCGCGCUCGUCCAUUCCGCCGAAAUUGUCCCUAUCAAACUGGCCGCUGGUGUCGUCAAGAGCGUUUGUAACUUCUUCUGUAAGUCUACGAAGCGACACCAAUGCCUGAUGGAUAAGAUAGAUGCCCACGCACCCACGUCGUCCAAAACACGGCUCAAAGCUCUGUGCCCCACUCGUUGGGUCGAAUCGCACCACGCCUUCAUUACUUUCAGAGAGCUUCUAGUCCCCCUCUUCCACUGUUUGGUUGAGCUCGGACAAGUCACGGGAGAAACUGGCGUGCGAGCAUACGAACUAGAGAGCUCCGUCUGCAAAUGCGACUUCGUGUUCGCUCUACUCACCAUUGAGAGCUUCUCGUGCAUUUUUCUCCCGUUGUCUAUGCAAUUACAGAAAAAAAGCCUCGAUAUUUUUGCCGCUCUCAGGAUGGUCGACAACAUCUUAUCCAUUCUUGAGCUUAAGCGUCAAAAUGUUGAGACCGAGUUCAAGAUAAUCUACGAUGAAGUCACAGAGAUCUGCGCUCUGCUGGAUGUCGAGAUCAAAAUGCCUCGCAUUAGCGGUAGACAAAUGCACAGGGAAAAUCAUCAGGCGGAGACACCCGAAGCUUAUUUCCGGGUGACUAUGUACGUUCAGUAUCUUGACCAUUUGAUCCAGGAGCUUCGUUCGCUGUUCGCCGAUUCUCGGCAAAAGGCAAUGAAAGUCCAAUGCCUUGUACCGAAGUAUACCGUCAGUAGCACUUUCGCCGAUCUCAUUGAAACGCUGGACUUCUAUCAGACCGACUUAGACUGCAGUGCCAGCGUUCUCAGAGGGGAGUUUGAAUGCUGGAAGGCGAAGUGGGGCAGGAAGGCUGGGAACGAGCUUCCAGAAACCGCAAUCGAAGCACUCAGCUUUUGUCCAAGGAUCGAAUAUCCGAAGAUCGCGACCCUCCUCCAGAUAUUUGCCACAUUCCCCGUGACGACAUCAACACCCGAGAGAACCUUCAGCUCCCUGAAGCUGCUCAAAACUUAUCUUCGAUCUACGAUGGGGCAUGAACGACUCAAUGGAUUGGCUUCGAUGACUCUGCAGCGCGAUGUACCGGUUAGUGUCGACGAAGUUGUCGAUUUAAUCGCCCAGGAUCCGAGAAG